CUCCCACUUUCUUCACUCCAAAUCAUGGACGACCGCGAACGCCGCCUCGCCGCCAUCCAAGCGCGUCUUGCGCCUGCGCCCGCGCCCGACGCGGAGUCCACCUCGCCCCCCUCGGGCUCAGGCGGGAGCACGCCGCUCUUCGCGGCGCCCCGCCACCUCCCGAAGGCGUGGACGCGGCCCAGCGAGCGCGAAGACCGCGAGAAGCGGCGCGAGCUUGCGCGCGUGCUGCAGCGCACAAUUGUUCGCGAUAGCGGGUACCAGCAGGCUGCGACGUGUGUCGAGACGCUCGUCAAGAUCGCGAGCAAUAUCCAGACGUCGCCGGACCCCAAGUACCGCACGCUGAAGGGCGACAACGCGGCGCUCAAGACCAAAGUCUUUUCCGUGCCCGGUGGCCGCGAGUUCCUCAUCCUCAUGGGCUUCCGCGUCCAGACGGCCGACUUCGUGCAGAGCUUCGUGCUCGACCAAACCGAUCGGCGGAUGUAUGAGCUCGGCCUUGCCGCCGACGUGCUGAAGGAGGCGCUUCCGGAUCUGCAAGCGCGUGUGGCGGGCACGAACCUGUCCAAAACGAGCCACAAGGCCGAGGAGGCGGCGCGGAUCGCGGCCGCCAAGCGCCAGAUCGAGGACGACCGGAACGCCGUCAAGGACCGCGUGGAGCGGGAGCGGGUCGCGCGGGACGCGCGCGCGGCGGCCGCCGCGCAGGCGGAGCACGAGCGCAAGGUCCAGGAAGAGGCCGAGGAGGCCGAGGAGCGCGCGCGCGCGGCGCGCCACGAGGCGCGCGGGCCUACCAGCGGCGGGCGGCAGACGCAUCCCCAGACAGCCCCGAAUAUGACUGUGGCGCCGACGGCGGCGCGUGAUGACGACGACGAGUUCCAGCCAGAGUAUCCCGAGGACAGCGACGUGGAUGAGGACGAGGGAUACUGGAACCAGCACCGCUGGGGGCAGGGGCAGAAGCUCGAGUAGGAGGUGUCGCGCAGCUCUGAGAUGUACGAGGAUGGAUAGAUGGUGUGGGCGAGACGGGUCGGAGACGAUCAGAAGCGAUGCAUGUCAAUACACUAA